AAGUAAUCUCAGCUUAACCUCCUCUACCCUUCCUGAUCGUCUCCCUCCCUCCUCCCUUUCCCCCUUGUAACGAAGAGGACAAUGAUCACAGUUUAUCUGCCUCCAAGUUUAAGGCACAGAGAGGUUUCCAUCUUCAGAGAACCUCAUUCAUAUCUACCGUUCGUCGGUACAUACUACCGAGGUUACUACCGCCCUUACUACCACUACCUGAGGCCCAGCGUCAGCAGGAUGGGUAGGAGAAAGAUCCAGCGGUGUAACACAGCCGAACUGAAGGCUCAGCUGCUCGACUCCCAGGGCGGCAGGUGGUUUCGUCCCACCAACGGAUACGACGAGAUCUUCCCCGGCAUCCUGCUAGGAGAUGCUGAGACUGCUCUAUCCACCAUCCUGCUGAAGGAACUGGGAGUCACCCACGUCUUGAACGCUGCCCAAGGCCACAACAACACCGCCUACAACGGCUACGUCAGCACCCACCCGAGCUACUACAGUCGGAAGGGCAUCAAGUACCUGGGCGUGCCUGCCAUGGACAUGCCCGGCUUCUACAUCAAGCCCUUCUUCCGACAGGCGGCCGAAUUCAUCCAGGACUGCCUCAACGACGGAGGCAAGGUUUUGGUCCACUGCCAGAGCGGCGUGUCUCGUUCAGCAGCUCUCGUAGCCGCGUUCCUCAUGCUGAAAAGGGGUAUGAACGUACAAGGGGCACUUCGAUGCAUCAAGAAGAGAAGGAGUAUCUUCCCCAACCACGGCUUCCUCAGUCAGCUCUGUGACCUGGACUACGAACUCCGACGAUCGGGCCAAGUGACGGACGACCCCGAUUUGGAACUACUGGACGUCCAACGCAAGGACCUGUCACCUGACCGAUCCUACCCCAGAUUUUCUCUGCUCCACUCGAAGGCUCUGCAGACUUACAGCCACACAAAGAACUACGUGCCGCCUCGCCGCGCCGGUUCCUGCGAGAGGGUGAACGAGGUCCCCCCACGGCGGGCCGUCUCCUGCGACAGAUUCGAAGUGGCCUCGAAGUCGCCCUACGCAAGCAAUCCCCUCGUGGAUUCCACCACCAGGCCAUCCCGCUCGCGACAGAGGUCGCCCGUUCGAUACAGCAAAAGUCCAACCGUCUCUUACUCCUCUUACCUCAACAAUGAGGACGAGGACGUCUACGACCCUGUCUCUUCCAAGGUCUUCGACACCUACCGACGCUAUUCCAGAAGAUCGACUUCCCCUCUGCCAGUCACGUCCACCGAGAUCAUCUCCCUCCCGGAGGCCAAGCCCCUCGACCGCUACUGGUCACCAAAGACAGUCGAGUAUGACGUGAUCAGGUACCCGAGGUACGUCUUCUACGACAAGCUCUUCUCCCCAGCUACCACUUACCAGUACAUCAACAACCUCAACAGGUAUUACGACACGUACAAGUACGUCAAAACAGAAAGCCCGUUCUUCGGCGAAGGCGUGACCCAAGCGCCUUACGUGCAGUGGUACGACACCCCGAACAAGACCUACCUGAGAGGCUACACGUACAAAUUCCACUACCCUUACACAGAGACGUACUUCAAGCCCAUGAGCAAAUACCCGACGACCGCUCGCACUCUCAACACCCACAGCGUUUACUUCAGCCCAGCUCCGCUGAGAACCUUCGACAGAAUUUAAGAUGAAAAAUGAAAUGGCCACAACACCUCGACUUUUCCCUGCCGAGCUCUUUCUUCUUCUUGCGGCAGACGUUGCUUCCUCAUAGGCGACUCUAACCUUUUUUCUCGUGCAAUGCUCUUUUGUUAUUAGGUGUUCGACAGUUUCUACUAAUAGGUAUGAUGGCGGAAGCGCCUCGAAAGCAUCGUUCUUCGAUUGUAGAUCUCACUUGUUAACUCUUGUAUACGAUAGGGAGAAAAAAAAAAAUAAACAGAGACUCUUCUGUCAGUCAGAGGUCAGAAACUAAUUCACAACAGGUUCAGUGCCAUUUGUCGAAUGGUUUCAUUUCAUCCAUCAAGUGUCGAUUUAUGCUGAUCUUUGUAAAUAAUGUAAAUAGUCUACGUGAAUCAGUUACUAAGCAGUUCAAUCCUUCAUUAGAACUUUUUGUGUAAGACUUCAUAACCCCCCAAAAAGGAAACGUUAAUAGUUGUAAGAGGCUGAUUAAACUCCCUCC